AUGUCCAUUCCUGAUGUUCUUCCCUUGAGUCCACCCUCCACAUCUUCACGCCGCAAAGUGUUUUUCCCAAACGCAUCAGCCAAUCCUACAAGAACCCCAGAUUUGCCUUCGUCGUUCCCAGGUUCAUCGAACACUGCAACUCGAAAACGCGUGGGGUUUUCUGUUGGUACACACUCUCGACAGCCUUCCUCCGCAAGUCAACCGUCUUCCAGUACUACAAGACCAUUACCCUCUUCUUCAGGCUCUCAGUCAGCUCUGAAGUCCAUCCUCAAACCCUGUCUCGUCGACGAGCACACUGCCCAAGCUGUGGAUGGAGCACAAGAUGCGAAACGCACAAUGGGGGAAUUGAUGGAGAGCAUAGUGCAACAACUGUCCCGUGACGACAGAUCGGUCUCUGUCGAUGCAUAUCAGACACUUUCUUCAGUCAUCCGGGAAUAUGAUGACAUACCCGAGGAGGAUGUGCUGAAGGCCAAGUUAACCAUCAUUAUGAGAUACAUCAAACGCGACCUGCAAAAACAACCCAAUCCCGACGAGCCACCCAUUGCUGAUACGAAUCUGGUGACUCAAGCCUUGAAAGUGCUUGUCAUUUUUGUAUGGAAUCGCGACUACUCCUCUUUGUUGACGGACGAGUAUCGUAUUUUCGUCCUCGAUCGGUCCAUCCAGGUCAUCUCCGAACACGCAGCGCCCAAAGGUGUAAUCAUUCACUAUCUUCACCUUUUGGCAACCCAAAAUUUCCGUCCAGUUCUCGUCAACAACAACCGGGUCACACGACUGCUUGAGGCGCUGAAGGCUCUAACCGAGCACGUAAAAGGGAAUGGCGUGGUUUCGGAGAGGCUAUUGGUCUACCAGAAGCUCCUCGACCAAGCAAGGCCUACGAUGAAAGCCAGGGCCAACCUAUGGGUUGAGGAGCUGUUGACAGGCAUGACCAAUUCACUGAAAGACGUCAGGACAAAGGCGAUCGCCACAGGGCUCAAAGCGUGCUCGAUAUUUUCCUCAUCUUCUUCCAUUUCAGCCACUCUCAAGACUGUCCUCGGCGAAGAGCUCACGCCGGGUAAGACGUUUAGCUCCGCCAUGUGUCGCAGGCUUGAAAAGAUGAUCACAGUCAAAGAAGAAGGAAUUCAAGUUCCACAGAUAUGGACCAUCAUACUCAUGCUCAGCAAUGGUGUUGAGGACCGAGACCCCAACGGCCCUUGGCCCCGUUUUGACAAGUGGCCACAGUUUAUGGAUUGGUUGAAAGUGAUCCAGACAUGCUUCAACUGCAGUGACUCUGCCAUCAAACAACAAGCCUACAUGGCCUGGGAUCGUUUCAUUCACAUCAUCCAACCUCAUCAAACAUCCGACACUUUGAUGGCAUUACUUGCAAAGCCCCUCACCGCCCAAAUGGAACGUCAGUCUAUCGAACAGACAAGCAAAGGCACCCGUCCAACCGCUGUUUCCAGUUAUUGCACCUUACUCUAUUAUGCCUUCAGACCAGCAGCUACACACAAACAAUACACCAGAGUCUGGAACGAAUAUAUUGUUAAGGUUAUGAAGAGCUCAUUCUUUGAGAAAAGCAGUGCGAAUGCCGACAUUGCAAGCCGCAUUUUCACGGCACUGUUCUGGAACUCUAAAAAGAGCACGAAAGUCUGGAACGAGAAACGAGCUCUUGAGAAUACACGAGUCGAGCCAGAGGAACUUCCCACGAUUGACUGCAAGUGGAUUCGGGCAAAGUCCAAAGCGAUUCUUGACAUGUUUCAAGUAUUGAUGCGAUACAGCUCCUGGGGCGCUUCGGGUCAAUCUGACAGAGCAUUCAUUGCCGUUGCCUGGUCACACUUUCUCAAAGCCUUGCGAGAGGCCAGCAGCAAAGAAAUCAAACCUUCCCCUGAAACAGUCGAUGCCAUGACCAACGUGGCCAACUACUUAGGAUCCCUUUUCCUUUUCAAAGAUUGUUCAGAACUCGCGAGUGCUGUUCAAGCAGAUGAUAUACUUGGACUCAGCAUCGCCCAAGUGCGACACUUGACGCUUGCUGCCGUCACUGAACUCGGGAACGAUUUGAUCAAAAUUGGACUUGAGACCAACUGCGACAUCAAGACAAUACUUGUCAUUUUUGAUACAUUGGACUCAGUCAUGCUAGAAUUGAAGAAUGAAGAGGAUUGCCGCCCUUGUGCGCCACCUGAGGAGCCGAAAAGCGAAACACGGUCAUUGUCUUCUCAAUGCCAGGAACUUCUCGGUUUCCUGAACGCCCGACUCCUUCGAUGUUUCAGGCCAGAACAAUCCGCCGGUAACAUGUGGUCGAUAAUGUUGGAGAUCAGGCAGCUGGAGGGAAGUCUCGAGGGCAUCCCUCGAGAAUACGUCGUCUGCCUGACGAGACUGCUUCUGCCGACUCUUUCCGUCUUGCUGCAGCACCAGAAGGCCGAGAAUGAGACUUCUCCAGACGGAUGCUAUUCGAAAAUCAUCGUGUCCUCUCUGCACAUCAUUUCCAGAUAUCCCUUCGGGACCAUUGAGGAUUUUGAUGACGUUUUUGCUGCUCUAUUCGAAAGUUCCCAGCUUUCUGUGCGGGACGAGGCUGUCACAAUGUGGAACAUGCGGUUUGGCCAUCUACAUUCAGUCACUAUGGGCCCUCGUCUCUCUGAAGCCUUGCUUAAGUUGCGGAAUGCCGGAAUCGACGUCCAUAUCCCAUGUGAUCUCAUGCCGCCUGGACAAUUGAUCUCACACGAAGCAACACGGCCCUCUGCAGCCGAGGAAGCAACCACUCCCAUCUCCAACCGUCCAUCAUCAAGUCCCGCCAAGGACGUACGUGGUGCUGGGCUUUCUCCAGAACUAGGGAGUCAGUACUACAACGCUGGUGCAGCCAGACGACCUGACCCAGUUUUCUCGAGUCCCGAAAAACGAAGUUUACGACCCAGGGCUCGACAUGACGAUUCUCAGGUUCAAUUUGUGCCGAUUGGUUCGUCGCCAGCAUGUGAACGUGAUUCGGACUCGCAGUGCCUGACAGCACAUCAAGUAGAAGUUCGGGAUAGACAACGUUCCGAACCUGCCGUUGUGUUUCCUGAUCUUCGAUCUAGUCCAAGGCCACAUAGCAGAGCCCCCAGUGUGAGUAGCUGUGGGAUUGCGCGUAAGGCGGCUGCUUUACCACAACAACCCUCAACACCUACUUUGCCGACAGGUCAUGAUCAACAAGAACUUGAAAUACCAGCAUCUCCAACUCCUCGAGCACGACACGUUGCACAUCAAAUAGCGGAUAUCGAUGUACCUUCGUCACCCCCGUCAAUUCCAGGUAAUCGCGAUAGAGGGGAAGUUACCUCUUCUCCACCACAACCAAUUGCCGAGGACGGACAGGUUAGGAUUGACCUUGCCAUUGCGCCGCCGCAGGCCGCGUAUCAGCAGAUUGCGGUCAAGGCGAGUGACCUUCCACCAGCAGAGGUUGCAACGGGACACGUUUCGCCGGUGGUUAAACAGAAGCCCAUGAAUACAGAGAGGGAUGUCCACAUGCAAGAUCAAAGCGCUGACGACGCGAUGAGGCUUCAUUCUUCAACCGCAAAAGCGCCGGCAGAGACCGCAUGUGCAGAGGAUGACGGUGCAGGCUCAAGCCCGAUGGCAACACCUAGAAGUGACAGCGACGAGAUCGACAUGCUGAGCGCCUCCCAAUUAUCCCACGAUCUUGACCAACAUCUCAGCCAGGUAGUCGAGGAUGAGGCGUUGCCAACGCCAGUGAAAACCAGUGGCAUAUCUUUUGAGGAGGAAGGACACAACAACCAACCAAAACCUCAGGCACGACGAGGCCGCAAGCGCAAGUCUAACAGCCUGAGGUUCACCUCGACCAAGCGAAGAAAGUCGCAAUCUACUUCACAGACGUCCUCUCAAUCGAUCGCAAUGAACAGCUUCUUGGAUAACACGACGGCAGAAAUACAGGACUGUAUCGAGAUUGCUCCCUCGAGGGCCGUUCAAGCGAUUGCAGCAGAGGAACUGGCACAUCCGACCCAAGCAGCGGGCAUUGAGACAACGAGUGCCCCAAAGCGUCGGAGGGGCCGACAACGGCGGAGGCAAGACAAUGCUAGUCCAGCUGCACACUCGCCAAUUGAUCAUAAUGACACGAUCGAGGUUAUCGUGCCUGGACCUUUGCGCUCAAGGGAAGGGGCCGCACGAGAAAGUGUGGGAUUGGAAACAGCAUUGAGCAUUGAUGGAGAUGCUGCAGCAGAGGAUCACCAGCUGAAUUCAGGUGCUGAUGAGGGAGCAGUGUCAACUGGGGUGUUGGCAGACUCUCAUGAGAGCGCUGAAGGAGGUGGUCGCCCCAGCAUCAGUGCUAUGUUACAAGGUGUCCUGGAUCGGCUGAAGUCAACUGCGCCUGGAGACGUAGACUUACGGGCUUUGGAUGAUCUCUGCUUUCAAAUUCGUUUCCAGGCUCAAGUGAUUGCUCAAGGACAAGGUGCUCAGCAGUGA